AAAAGGAAACGAGGCCCAGCUCAACUGCCCCCACUCUCUCUCUCGGUCCACUCCACUCAGCCCAAAAUCCGAUCCCCGGCCGUCGAUUGGAGGUAACCCGUCCAUCCCCACGCGCAGCCGUCGCCAAAUCCACCAAAUCCGCCGGAGCCAGAGAUCGGAGAGGGAGAAGAUGGUGCGGGUGGCGACCUUCUUCGGGAUGACCUUCGGCGCGUUCCUCUUCUGGGAGUCCAUGGACAAGGUCCACGUCUGGAUCGCCCUCCACCAGGACGAGAAGCAAGAAAGGAUGGAAAGGGAGAUGGAGAUAAAGAAGAUGCAAGCAGACCUAAUUGCUCAAGCAAAAGAGAGUGAAUCAUGAUUGUCUUUUCGCCAAUGGUUUCAACUAGUUGCUUUGUCAUAUUUUUACUUUCCAAGUGAUAAGCCUUGGCUGAUGUAUGCUUGACACCUUCAAUAAACCAAGUUGUUAUAACUUUAUUGAAUGCAAGAGGCUAUGCUCAUGUUAAA